ACUUCUCUCUCUUCUCUUCUCUUCUCUUCUUCUUCUUAAGAGGAUAGUGAAAGAGAAGCUACAAAAAUUUCCCAAUUUAUCAAAAAAAAAAAAAAAAUUAGAAAUUUCAUACUUUUUUUUUUUUCCGCAAACUAACAAAAACAAAUUGAUUCCUUCAAACUCAAAAUUAAAAUAUCUUCUCAAUUGAGUCUGUAACUGUUUUGUGAUCGAUGGCGGAGGAGAUGGUGGCUGAUGAAGUUACGGCUCCUCCUCUUAAGGUUCUUAUCAUCUCCGCUGGUGCUAGCCACUCCGUCGCUCUUCUCUCUGGUGACAUUGUUUGCUCUUGGGGUAGAGGAGAAGAUGGACAAUUAGGUCACGGAGAUGCAGAGGAUCGACCUUCUCCAACGCAGCUUAGUGCUUUAGAUGGUCACCAAAUUGUGUCCGUUACUUGUGGUGCUGAUCACACUGUUGCUUAUUCUCAAUCUGGCUUGCAAGUCUACAGUUGGGGAUGGGGUGAUUUUGGGAGAUUAGGCCAUGGUAACUCAAGUGACUUGUUUACUCCUUUGCCAAUCAAAGCUUUACACGGUAUUCGGAUAAAGCAGAUUGCUUGUGGGGAUAGUCAUUGUUUGGCUGUUACAAUGGACGGAGAGGUCCAGAGUUGGGGGCGCAACCAGAAUGGUCAACUUGGUCUGGGGGACACAGAAGAUUCUCUAGUACCUCGGAAGAUUCAAGCCUUUGAGGGAAUUCGAAUCAAAAUGGUUGCUGCUGGUGCAGAACACACUGCUGCGGUUACAGAAGAUGGUGAUCUUUAUGGAUGGGGUUGGGGUAGAUAUGGAAAUUUGGGAUUAGGUGACCGGAAUGACCGCUUGGUUCCUGAAAGAGUUACAUCUGCUGGUGGUGAGAAGAUGUCCAUGGUUGCUUGUGGAUGGCGGCAUACAAUAUCAGUUUCCUACUCUGGAGCAUUAUACACAUAUGGAUGGAGCAAAUAUGGACAGCUGGGACAUGGAGACUUAGAGGAUCACCUUGUUCCUCACAAAGUGGAAGCACUGGGCAACAGUUUUAUCUCCCAGAUUUCGGGAGGUUGGAGACAUACAAUGGCAUUGACUUCAGAUGGAAAACUAUAUGGAUGGGGUUGGAAUAAGUUUGGGCAAGUAGGAGUCGGCAAUAAUUUAGAUCAGUGUUCUCCUGUGCAAGUGCGAUUUCCCGAUGAUCAGAAAGUAGUUCAAGUCUCAUGUGGAUGGAGACAUACUUUGGCUGUCACUGAAAGAAAUAAUGUGUAUGCUUGGGGUAGAGGUACAAAUGGACAGCUCGGCAUUGGAGAGUCCGUUGACAGGAAUUUCCCCAAGAUUAUAGAGGCACUGAGCGUGGAUGGAACAAGGGGACAACAUAUAGAAUCUUCCAAUAUUGAUCCAUCUUCAGGGAAAAGCUGGGUGUCACCUUCAGAGAGAUAUGCGGUUGUUCCUGAUGAAACUGGUCUAACCGAUGGUUCAAACAAAGGGAAUGGAGGUGAUAUCAGUGUCCCACAAACUGAUGUCAAGCGUGUACGAAUUUGAGUUUGAAACAAUUUCCUUCUUUUUUUUCUCGGUUCUCUUUUUCUUCGGUUGGGUUGGAAGGUUUUUCAAAUGAUUUCUUUUGGGUUGAGGUUUGUUCUAAAGUAUGUCUAUCCAGUUUGAGAUUCGCUUUUUUCUUUUUGGUUUGUUGUUUUUAGAUUGUAACUUGUACUGCUUCCUUAUAUUGACUCUUUUUAUUACAUUGGGGAGUUUUAAACUGUAAACCGUGUACUAGUCUCUCUAGUGUCGGUACUUUUUUUUUUUCCUUACACCCAUAAUAAUGUCGUCUGGUUCCAUGUUU